AGCGAUAAAAAGUCAUGAUCCAGUCUAUGUCACGUUUUCUAGAAACACUGGUGUAGUAUGUGGGUCAUUUUCCUGAAUUGUGAAGCACACUGACUCAGUAAUCGCCAUUCUCCCCUCUGUCGCCCUCCCGGUAAGCAGGGAGCGGCAAGGAUUUACACAGUUGUGGUGAAGUGUUAGCUGCACUUCAACAGAACUUUACAUGUGCAAGAUCUGUCAUUAUUAUAACACGGAAACUUAUUACACGAAAUUUUAGUACAUGCAACAGGAUUAGAAUAAAUGUAUUUUCAAGAGAGAGGACAAGGGAGAGAACAACAAGCAAAGGCCUUUUCCAUUACGAAGCCAUAUCACAUUCUCUUGACCAGGGACACAUUCACAUCCACGGUUCAUGGUGCUAGUAUGAAACAUGUACUCAUAUUCUUGUUUACAGCAUUAUUGUGUGGCAGCGCUGGGGGAGGAGGGAGGCUGACCACACGUAGCCUCUCUCUCUCUCUCUCUCUCUCUCUCUCUCUCUCUCUCUCUCUCUUUUCCCACCUCCUUCCAUCAGUCAGGCCGCCUCCGACCCUUCAGGCGUGGUGGGGGAGGAGCGAGGGUUGCCAAGGCGACCCGUGACAACAUUGGUGCUGGGGACCUGUUGAUGGCGCGCGUCGAUAAACCUUAGUUACUUCAGUUCGUCUUGACUCGCGGUGCUCCCAUCUUGCUGCCCGCCCGCUGCUCCGGUUAACAUCACGCCCUCCGGAAGAGAACUAAUACUCCAGCGGUCUUCAUGCCUGAGGGAGGAGGAGUCAUGAAUCGCACACACUGCACACUAUGGAGCUUCUCCCUAUGAUGGCCUCGUCUUGCUGUUCCAGGUGUGGUGUAAGGGAAGCAACAUACUACUUGGCACCAGAGCCACUCAGCACAUACCCGGCGGAGAGUCCUCACGUCUUCAAUACAGUCUAUUAUUCUUCUGUCAGAGAUGAGGGUUGUCCAAGACAGCUUUGGAGAACGCUAAAAUGUGAGGCGUGAGCACCGCGAGGCCUGCCGUCUGACAUGACAUCGGUGAAGCAACUGACCGCGUCCGAGCGCCGAGAAAAUAAUAGGAUCAGGUCGCAGAGUCAGCCAGCACCCUCGCGGCCUUCCUCCAAGGCCAAUACACCGAGCUCCCCCGCCAGCCUCGGCAGCCACAGACCCCGCAAGGAAUGGACCAUCGAUGGCAUAACCACCAGGAGGCGACACUCGGCCCACCCGUCGCACGAGGGGAUUGGUGGUCGGCGCGGGCAGGUCUCAGCCGCCAGCUCACGGAGGGCGGUGGCGGCCUUCACGCCUGCCUCUCGCAUCAAGGGAGCGACGGUGAGCGGGCCCCCAAAGGUAGGCGUGUUUCGACCCCGCCCUUCCCCACCAACCACCUUCAGAAGAAUGUAGAGAGGAGACGUGCCUGUCACCCUCCACCACGACCACCAUGGCCAUACCCUGCGCUGGAAGGUUGACGUGGAGAAACUUGAUUACCACCACUACCUGCCCCUCUUCUUCGACGGCCUGAGGGAGACGACACACCCCUACGAUUUCUUCAGCAGGGCGGGCAUCCGGGACCUGCUCGGUAGAGGCGGUGACAAGAUCCUUCCAGUCAUUCCUCAACUCAUCCUCCCCAUCAAAAGUGCCCUCAACACAAGGGACGUGAGAGUCAUCUGCACGGUGCUAAAAGUGCUGCAGGAACUGGUGAUGUCAGCGCCCUUGGUAGGAGAGUCCCUCGUGCCCUACUACAGGCAGAUCCUCCCUACCCUCAACCUCUUCAAACACAGGAACGUUAAUUCUGGGGAUGAGAUUGAUUAUUCUCAGCAACGCCGCGAGAACCUAGGCGACCUCAUCCAAGAGACGCUGGAGAUCCUGGAGCGGCACGGGGGGCGGGACGCGUACAUCAACAUCAAGUACAUGGUGCCCACCUACCAGUCCUGCGUCAUGAACUGAGGAGCUAAGGAUCACAUUUGCUUAUGUCCACCGGUCUUUAUUCAAGAAGUGUAUACUGACUCUUGCAUUGACGCUCUUGUUUGCUGAAAAAAAAAAAUCCUCAAAAGUCACAUGAACAGUAACAAAGGACACGUCUUGUUUGCACACGUCUUGUUUGCACACUACGCUCUACGAAGUGAGACGAAAUACAUAACUGCUCCGUGUAUGAAUGAAAACGAUAGCGCUCAUCUAAACCAUCGUAUCAAGGCAGGAAAGAUCGGCCUAUGUGUUGACUUUACUAACGAUAACAUUAUUUUUCUGACAUUUCCUCGGUCUCUUAAAAAGACGCAUGAUAGUCCCUCGAAAUCUCAACAAAGUUCCAACAUUUUCUUGCAAUGUUCAGAACGCAUACAGAUAGUGAAGAAAAGACACCGAUCUGUUUGUAGCAGGGUGAGGAGCAUUGCAAGCGUGAAAAGGAAAGGACGGACAAUUAUUUGAAAGGUGAUGGAAUCGUGUUAUAAAAAUUGUCUUAUGGCGCACCAGCUCGAGCAUCCCACAUGUGUGUGUUUCAUGUCUGGAAGAGGCGACCACGUGCACUCCUUGGAUGAUGGAUGUUAACAAAGAACAAAAAAUGAUGUAUAUACAUGUUGACAAUUUUUAUAGUUUAAUGAAAACUUUUCUUUUCUUUUACAAAGUGAUAUUGAACUGAACACACACACACACACACACACACACACACACACACACACACACACACACACACACUUGAUUGUUAUUGCACUCCUAUGAAAUUAACACCUGCUGUAGGCAUGUAUCCCUUGUUUAGAUGCAAGUUUCAGGCCAAACUCUUUUCACUUCUCCAUGCCACUCGUAAUUCGUGAAGAAACGUUACUUAUCAGCAUGAAAAUAAAAAAAAAAUUACUAA